AUGCACCUCCCGCCGCCUGGCUCCAGCAAGGUGAAAAGUUGUCCCUGUGCCUCACGUGAAAUCGACCCUCGCAGCAUCAUGCCCGUGAGCGUGCCUUCUGCGACCAAGACUCCCAUCCAGGGCGUGGUUCUCGGCGACUGCGCCGACAGCGUCAGCUUCGAGUAUGGUGAAGAGAAGCUCGGUGAGCAGCACUAUGACCGCGAGGCGCUUGCCCAGUUGCCGGCCCGAAUCUUUAUUCCCGAGCUUGGGGAGAUGCCGUGUGAGCGUGUUACAGGCUUUCAGAUGGUGCGCGUCAUCAACUCGGAGCUUGUGAAACAGCUCGUCCUGCUCGUCCUCUUCUUGGACGCGGAGGGCCGGCGACGAUACCAGUUCGGAGAAAACCAUCUCGCCACCCAGCUGCUGUCGGAGGAGCAGCGGAAGAAGGUCAACUUUAAAUUCAUUGGUGGCCCUGUCGUCAUAUUGAAGAACACCCGCUUCUCUGUGCUGAAGUGUGACAAUCCGAUGGACCUCAGCUUAGCAGAAUUCCAUCGGUGGACGAAGGCUGUCCCAAACUUCUAUGUGCCAGGCAGGCCGGCACCAAUUGCCCGGCCACUUCGCCAAGGUCCGAGUGCAUGUCAGACGCAAGGAGGGCUGGCAAAGCCGGCGGGGGCCCGAAUGGAUCCUCGGCAGCUGGCCUCACCAGCCAGCUUCCCAAGCCUACCAAAACCGAAAGCCAAGCCAGUGCAUCCGUUGCCCAAGCACAGGGAGGCCCCCAAGACGCAAUGUCCUCCACAAUCUCCUCCGGGCCUGAAGCUGCAACUGGAAGAUCUGGAAGAUGAGCAGUUGGGUCACUUGAGUAGCGGCUUCAGCAUGGCCACCACAGCUUCGGCACCGUCGGUCACCUCGGAUUUCGAAGCAUCCUCGGUGUCCGCGGCAUCGGAGUGCCCCCCGAGUCCGGGAUGUUCGUCGAAGGCUCCAGAGACUCUGCAGAACUCCGCGGAGACCGCGAUGUUUCAAGAGUCGACUCCCGCAGAUUGGAGUGUGGAGCGGGUCGCGAGCUGGCUCGCGAGCUUGGAUAAUGCAGCUGGCACGUGGGAUAGGUAUGUGGACAGUUUCCGCGAGAACCAGAUCAGUGGCAAAGCCCUACGCAGCCUGACCAUGGAGGAGCUGCGUGAUGACCUGGACAUCAAGGCAUUCGGACCACGCAAGGUCAUCAUGGCGGAGAUUCAGAAGCUUUUCGCAACCGGGCAAUGA